AUGCGGGUGCGCGUGCGGAGCUGGCAUGGCGUCGCGUCGUGGCUGUGGGUGGCGAACGACGAGAACUGCGGGAUCUGCCGUAUGGCGUUCAACGGCUGCUGCCCCGACUGCAAGGUGCCCGGGGACGACUGCCCGCUGGUGUGGGGGCAGUGCUCACACUGCUUCCACAUGCACUGCAUCCUCAAGUGGCUGAACUCGCAGCAGGUCCAGCAGCACUGCCCCAUGUGCCGACAGGAGUGGAAGUUCAAGGAGUGACGGCCAGGCCCCCCCGUCAAUAAACGUGCGGCCGCCCCCGCGCUCUCUGUCUGUCCGGUGUCCGCUGUCCUUCUGCGGGCGGGGCGGGGGCGGGAGGGCGGUGGGGCCGCCGCCGAGGGGCUCCCGGGAGGGCGGGAUGGGGACGGGGACGGGGACGGGGGCGAGGCGGGCCCCCCGCCCGGUUGGAAAAGCGGCCCCGGAGCGCUGCGGCCCCGCCGGCACCAUGUUCGCUGCCCGCGGGCUGGCGCUGCGCCUGCUCUGCCGCCCCGCGGAGCCCCGGUACCGGCCCCCGGCCGGGCCCCACCCCGGCACCGCUCGGGGGGGGCAGAGCCUCGGGGCUGCUCUCCGGCACCGACGGCCCCGCCGGGACCGGCCCCGCGGUGCUGCAGCCCGGCUCGGCCUGCCCGCUCGCGCAGCUCCGCGGUGAGUACCGGGGGCUGUGCGGGGACCAGGCCCCCUCCACGGCGCUGAGCAGCGGGAGCGGGGUGUCCUGCCCACCAGACACGGUGGGGACACCCCGGCUCCCCUCCAGCAGCGCCGUGGCCCCCAGGGACCCGGGUCCCUGUUGAUGGUCUCCCCCGCAGGUGCUGUGCAUGACAGAUGUGACCCCUGAGCCCUGGACCUGUCGGGUGCAGCCUGGAGCCCCCAGCACUCUCCGCUCCAAGGCGGACAUCACCGUGUCCCUGGACCCCGGGGAGUGUGCGGGUGCCUGAGCCGGCACCGGUGGCUCCGUGGUGACAAUAAACGCUCGGGCUGGCU